GGUCCAAUUUUCACACACGGUUCCCAUAAAGACGAUCAGUACUGGUAGUACAAAAGCACCCAAUUACAAUUAUACAAUGAUGUUGUCACGAUCUCUUAUUCUCUUCGUGUCUCUUAUCAGCUUCGCUGAUGCAUUUGUCGUCCGCAGCAGCAGUCGGCCUCAGAUGAUGACGCUGAAUGCCAAGAGCGACGCGGAAUCGGUUCGAAAGAAGGAAUUUGUGGCCAUAAUGGCAGAAGAACUAGGAUACACAAAGACGGAUGCCGAAGCUGCUCUCAACUGCGUAAUUGAUACUAUUGCUGAAGUAAGUUGAUGGUGCAUUCUAUAAAUUUGUCGAGUGUAUCUUUGCAACUAUUUUGAGGUUCUGGAUAAUGAAGAUUGCAGCGCACACCGAACUGGAAGUGCAAAGCAAUCAGUCGAUGGCGUGAUAGUUUGUUUUGAAGCUUGAUCAAGAUCCGCUUACUCACCGGCGUUCCGUCGAUUCCCUCAUUCUUUUCGUGUCAAUGAUAUUUUCGAAAUGCGUUGAUUGGUCAUUGAUUGAUGGAACAGAACCUUGCCGACGGAAAGAAGACUGUUUUCCCUGGCUUUGGAACCUUCGAGCCAAGAUCGAGAAGCGCAAGAGUGGGCAGAAACCCUAAGACGGGUGAAAAAAUCGAAAUUAAGGCUUCUGUAGGAGCAGGUUUCAGCGCCGCCAAGGGACUGAAAGACAGACUCAAUGGAAGGGAUUAAGCACAAUAUACUUUUUUCAACAACGACGUAGAUGCGCUGGACCCAAGUUGCGAAAUGCGAAAUGGAAAACGAGGAUUGCAAACAAACCUUAGAAUCCAAUUGUUGGGUGCCUCUGAUAUUAUCUGUUGAGUGCAAGACUGUUAGAGAGAGGAGAUUAAAAUAUAAAAAAAGUUAAUGAAAAAUGCGUGUCAAGUCCCAUUUUGAUUGGUGCGGUAUCCGACAAUUCAUGCUUAUUUCCGAGAACAUGUGGACUUCAUGGACUAGUGAACUUUCAUAACC